CGGCAACUUUCUCCCGUCGUGCAUCGGGGCGCCGGCAGCUCACCCGGAAGGAGAAGCCGGGACUCUGGCUAUAUGUUGGGCUGUCAGCGGUGUCGUUGUGGGGAGUGGGUGCUGCUUUCAGGAGCCAGCCCGGAUCAUUUGUUGGCAGUACAUAUUGGCUGAAGUCAGUUUUCAUUUCAAGAUGUUUCCUACCAAUGGGCUUUUGGUGUAGGAUGUUGGAGAACCAAGAGCAGGAGGAGGUGAUCACUGUGCGUGUUCAGGACCCCCGAGUGCAGAAUGAGGGCUCCUGGAAUUCUUAUGUGGAUUAUAAGAUAUUCCUUCACACCAAUAGCAAGGCCUUUACUGCCAAGACGUCCUGUGUGCGUCGCCGCUACAGGGAGUUUGUAUGGCUGAGAAAGCAGCUACAGAGAAAUGCUGGCUUAGUGCCUGUACCGGAACUUCCUGGGAAGUCAGCCUUCUUUGGCAGCUCAGAUGAGUUCAUAGAGAAGCGACGACAAGGUCUGCAGCACUUUCUCGAAAAGGUCCUGCAGAGUGUGGUCCUUCUGUCAGACAGCCAGUUACACCUCUUCCUGCAAAGCCAGCUCUCGGUGCCUGAGAUAGAAGCCUGUGUCCAGGGCCGCAGCCCCAUGUCCGUUUCUGACGCCAUUCUCCGCUAUGCUAUGUCCAACUGUGGCUGGGCCCAGGAGGAGAGGCGGGGCUCCUCUCACCUGGCUAAAGGAGACCAGCCGAAGAGUUGCUGCUUUCUUCCAAGAUCGGGCAGGAGGCGCUCUUCCUCACCGCCUCCUGGUGAAGAAAAGGACCAUUUUGAGGUGUGGGCCCCUGUGGUUGACUCUGAGGCGCCUUCCUUGGAGAGCCCCCCUCUCCCACCUCCCUCCUCACCGUCAUGCUGUGGUUUUGCAAGACCAGACGAGAGAAUCUCUGCUCCUCCGCCUGUGGGGAGGGCCGUGGGAGGGGACCCUGCUGUGCCUUUGGACCCUGGUCAGCUAGAAACAGUUCUGGAAAAAUGAGCUCUGCUUGGAGCUCUGGGUUCUGCUCGGAGGCAGACGAAGGAGAUGCGGGUGGAGUUGGACUCAGGCCGGUGGUGGGGAGGCUGGGCAGCUUCACGUCUCGGCCUUGUCUCUGCUCGUGCUGGUUGCACGUUGCUCAGUCAUGACAACUCCGCAAACUUCCUCCUUAGGAAGAGACACAGUGCAGAUGUUUGUAAGUUAGGCACCGGGCCCAGGGGUUGUUGGUUUUGAACCAAACCCCAUCUUUACUCUCCUGGGAGCUGAAUUUCUUUAGGCAUUUGUUAAUGGGCCGCCCAGGAGCACUGUCUCAGGUGACUGGUUUGGGGGACCUGGAGGUGGCAGAUUUUAAGCUGCCAUAUUGACUAUUAUUCCAGCAGGAAUGCUUGUGUUAUUGUAUUCUCACCGGCUCUGUUUUCACAACGGCCCCGGGAGUACUUGGUUUCUGGGAGGCGGGUCUCUUGUCUGCCUCCUUGCAUGGGCAGGGGGGGUGAAUAUUCUCCCAACUCCUUGCUUUUCCUCCAUCAAUACCACUGGAUGGAACGGUGCUGCGCCUCCUGUCGCUGGGGCUUCCUGCGCAUCUCAGGACCCUGGCCUGGCCGUGUGGGGCCUGAGACCCGUGAAACAGCUCGUGGCCAUCCACGGAAGAGAAGGGACUGGUCACAGCCGGAGAAGAGGGAACCGCUCCGGGGCUUUGUUUUGGAAGGGCUGCCCGGGGCUGUCACUGUGUCUCUGGCUGUAAAGCAGCUACACGACAGUCCUCUCUGCAGGGUUAGCCUGGGCUCCUUUCUUUUCUGAAUCCUUUUCUUCUCCCUUAGUAACAGCUCCCUGCCCCCGGGGCUUCAGCCACCUCGGUGUCCCUCUGCUGUGUGGUGGGGAGGCCGUAUGUUCAAUCCAGUGGGGUGCAGGGGCUUUGUUUCUGCCUGGAGAGAGGGCUCUGGGGAUGGAAAUGAGGAACAGCAGGCCUUCAGACAAUGAGGCGUUCUGCCCUCCUGCUGCCGUAAUUCUCUCCUCCGAGGCCAGAGCUGGUAGGAGAUGAGUGCCGCUGGCGUAGCGCCUCGCUCUGCACUGGGGUUUGUGUCUGUGGUUCUCCUCGCCCGCCCCUCCCUCCUCCGGCCGUCCCACCCUGUCCGUGGGCACUUUUACCACCGGCCUGUGCUGUGGGACUGUCAUGGCAUUUAGUUCAGAGGUGAGGGGCUUUGGCCUGAAAUAAAAUGCAAGUAUUUAA